CUCAUCCAUGGGAAAAGGAAAGCUUCACUCGGAAACUUGAAUUUGUAAAAUUCCAAAGAAAAAACAAGACAAAUCCCAAUCAAGAACAAGCUCAACAAAAGGAACAUAGUAAAAGCAAGUUCUCGGCAAAGGCUUUUCAAGCCCAAAAUAGAGCCAGAGAAGCGCACUGUUUCAUAUAGCAUAGUCGCCAUGAAUUCCCCCGUAAUUUCAUCCCAAUGGCUUCGUUUGAUCAUUAUGAUUGUGUCAAUGGCUGUCACUGCUGCCCACUUCAAGAUUCCGCGGCUGAGCCCAACCUUGGGAACAAUCUUGGAACAGCCUGAAAUUUUGUCUGCACCAGUCUCAGAAGAUCUGCGAACUUUUUACUACACACAAACACUUGAUCAUUUCAACUACAACCCUGAAAGCUACACCACUUUUCAACAAAGAUAUGUGAUGAAUUCCAAGUAUUGGGGAGGAGCAAAUGUUAGUGCACCCAUUUUAGCAUAUCUUGGUGCUGAAUCGCCUCUGGAUGGUACUCCGGCUGCAAUCGGUUUUCUCAAUGAUAAUGCCAUCCGUUUCAAAGCACUCAUUGUAUACAUAGAGCAUCGUUACUAUGGAAAAUCAAUACCAUUUGGAUCAAGGGAAGAAGCCUUUCAAAAUGCAAGCACUCUGGGGUAUUUUAACUCUGCCCAAGCCAUAGCAGACUAUGCAGCUAUCAUCAUGCAUAUAAAGAAAAAGCUUCAGGCUCGGUAUUCACCGGUCAUCGUCAUUGGAGGAUCAUAUGGGGGAAUGCUUGCUUCAUGGUUCCGGCUGAAAUAUCCUCAUGUUGCUUUGGGAGCUUUGGCCUCAUCAGCUCCAAUACUUUACUUCGAUGAAAUUCCACUACAGCCAGAGGGUGGAUAUUAUUCAGUUGUCACAAAGGAUUUCAGGGAAGCCAGCGAGACUUGCUACCAAACUAUACAAAAAUCAUGGUCCGAAAUCAACAGAGUAGCUUCCAAGCCCCAUGGUCUUUCUACCCUCAGCAAGAAGUUUAAAACAUGCUAUCCCUUGACCAGUUCUUCGGAGCUCAAGUCUUUCUUGAGAUUAAUGUAUGCCUACACUGCACAAUACAACAGACCGCCAAGAUAUCCAGUUUCAGUCGUAUGUGGCGGCAUCGACGGAGCUUCCUUUGGGAGUCAAGACGACAUCCUUACCAAGAUAUUUUCUGGCGUUGUGGCUUACUAUGGGAACAGGUCCUGCUAUGUCAAUCCAGAAACUAAUGCAUCCGAAAUAGAAAUAGGGUGGAGUUGGCAGAGAUGCAGUGAGAUGGUGAUACCAAUUGGCAUCGGCAAUGGAACCAUGUUAGAAGCUUCCCCCUUUAAUCUAACCAGCUUUAUCAAACAGUGUGAGAGCUUCUACGGAGUCCCUUCUCGGCCUCAUUGGGUCACUUCUUACUACGGUGGCCAUGAUAUAAAGCUGAUUCUCCAUAGAUUUGGUAGCAACAUCAUCUUUUCCAAUGGCCUGCGAGAUCCUUAUAGUAGUGGCGGGGUGUUGGAAAACAUUUCCAAUAGUAUCCUUGCGGUAUCUACAGUCAAUGGAUCUCAUUGCUUAGAUAUACUUGGGGAAAGGGAAACUGAUCCAGAAUGGUUGAUCAGGCAACGAAAAAUAGAGGUGAAGAUUAUAAAAGGUUGGAUCGCUAAUUACUAUGCUGAUCUCAAAGCAUUCAAGCAAUAGGAAUGUUUAUCCACGAUGGAAACUUGGAUAAUAUAGAAGAAUCCAAAGCUAUGAUCAUGAAUACCAUUUACAAUUCAAAGAAAUUGAUAGCUAGGCUUAGGAUUGAUAUAUCUCCUGCCUGGUUGAAUUUGUACUUGUGCUCCAUGUGAGAAGUGAGAAAUAAUAACCGUUCAAGUGGCUGAUUUUCUUUUUCCUCUGGUACAGGAGAAAAUACAUAAGCGGCAGAAUUUUUUUU